GAGCUGCAGAGGCCUUCCUGGUGGUGGCGGCCGCAUUGGACUGUGCUCAGGCAGGGAGGCCCAGGGCUGUCCUCACCACUGCACAGUCCAUGGAUUUUAUUGCUGGAGCCAUUGGAGGCAUCUGCGGUGUUGCCGUGGGCUACCCCCUGGACACGGUGAAGGUCAGGAUCCAGACGGAGCCCAAGUACACAGGCAUCUGGCAUUGUGUCCAGGACACGUAUCGCCGAGAGCGGGUGCGGGGCUUCUACAGGGGCCUCUCGCUGCCCGUGUGCACCGUGUCCCUGGUCUCCUCCCUGUCUUUCGGCACCUACCACCACUGCCUUGCUCACAUCUGCCGGUUCCGGUAUGGCAGUGCCGAUGCCAAGCCCGCCAGGAUUGACAUCGCACUGUCGGGUUUCGCCUCUGGCCUCGUCCGUGUGUUCCUGACCUCGCCUACCGAGGUGGCCAAGGUCCGCCUGCAGACGCAGACGCAGGCGCAGACGCAGACGCAGGCGCAGGCGCAGAUGAGGCGGAGAUCCUUGGCCUCAGUCGCGGUGGCACCGACCUUGAGUCCUGCGCACUCCGCAGGUCUGGUGCCUGGGACCAGGUACCGCGGGCCGCUGCACUGCCUGGCCACUGUGGCCCGUGAGGAGGGUCUGCGGGGCCUCUACAAGGGCAGCUCGGCCCUGCUGUUCCGGGACGGCCACUCCUUCGCCACCUACUUCCUUUCCUACUCCAUCCUCUGUGAGUGGCUCACCCGCGCUGGCCAGAGUCAGCCAGAUGUCUUGGGUGUGCUGAUGGCUGGCGGCUGUGCGGGAGUCCUGGCCUGGGCCGUGGCUACCCCCAUGGACGUGAUCAAGUCUCGCCUGCAAGCAGACGGGCAGGGCCAGCAGCGCUACAGGGGCCUCCUGCACUGCGUGGUGACAAGUGUGCGGGAGGAAGGGCCGCGGGUCUUGUUCAAGGGGCUGACGCUCAACUGCUGCCGCGCCUUCCCUGUCAACAUGGUGGUCUUUGUCACCUAUGAAGCCGCCCUGAGGCUCACCCGGGGCCUGCUCGAGUAGCAGGUCCCCUGUGCAGGGGUCGACCUGCCAGCAGCUUCUACAGGUUGUCGUAGCUGGAGGAGGCAAAGGGGAGUGUCCCCACUGGGCUGUCACCCAGGAUAGACAGGAGCCACACCCAAGACAGUCAGCUGGGGUCUGGUCUUGGCCUGCCCAGCUAGGGACCUGAGAAGGCCAAGGGGCCGAGGGUUACUGGCCUGGUGUUGGCCUGAGGGUCACAUGAGCCAGCGGGGAGCGGCCUCUUGCAUGAGGACAUCGGUCACCUGCCGUUGUAGGUACAUGCGGUCAGUUGUUCCCUCCAGCCUCCCGGUCUCCUGUACGGAGCACCCCUGCGUCCGUACCUCCACCAUUUCCUCGGCUGUCCUCCCAGCCCCACUCAGCUGCCUGCUGCCAUGGGGUACUCUCCACCCAUUGUCCCUUAGGUGCAGCUCAGCAGGUGCCCCUGGUGGGUUCCCAGCUCCAGGCUGCACAGAGCAGCACUGCCGAGAGGCCGCGUGGGCUGGGGAGGGCGGGCCGUGCACUCUCACUCUGCUGGAGACUUGGAGGAGGCUGUCGCAAUUAAACACAUCACCGAGGACAUUCAGGGGUGCUGCUCUGUGGUCUGGUGA